GGACACAGCAAUGCACUAAUUCACAACCCCCAGCACGCCCCAGCCCAGCUAAAAGUGUGCCCCGCACAACGUAAUCUACGUCCUGGGCAAUAAGCAAUGACAGACAACGUAACUACAUGCCUACUUUCUGAACAUCAAGACAAUAAACAGUCGAUAUUCAUCACCAUGGCGCCUUCUUCCACGGUAAUUUCUAAACUCAAGGUCCAACUGAAGCUCUCGAUUGCGCGGCUUCGUAUGGUACAACAGAAAGAUGAAGCGGUUUCGAAACAACAGCGUAGAGCAAUGGCUCAGCUUCUAGAGACCGGGAAAAUAGAAUCUGCAAAGAUUCGAGUCGAGAAUAUUAUUCGUUCAGAUAUCACUACCGAACUCCAUGAAAUACUCGAGCUCUAUUGCGAGCUUCUCCUUGCGCGAACUGGACUCAUGGAAUCGUCGGUUUGCGAUGCGGGUUUAGAAGAAGCUGUCAAGAGCUUAAUAUAUGCUGCGCCUAGAACAGAGAUCAAGGAGUUGCAACAAGUGCGCGCUCUAUUGUGCGAAAAGUACGGAAAGGAGUUUGCGUUACAAGCGAUGGAGAAUAGUGAUGAAAAGGUCUCGGAGAAAGUGUUAAAGAAGCUGUCGGUCACCCCACCAGCUCAGGAAUUAGUGAAUGGAUAUUUGGAGGAGAUUGCUAGAACAUAUGGGGUUGAUUGGCCAAAGAGACCAAGGGAAGAUCUUGGACAAGCCCCAGAAUUUGUGGAUGAUGACGAUGACGACGAGAAUCCAAGUGGUGGGCAGGCACAAAAGAACCUAGAGGCGCCGCUAGUAGCGAACGGGAAAGCCGACGAAGAGAGAGAGGAGUUGAGCAAAGCUACUCCACCAAAGAAUUUUGGCCCCUCGAGUCCACUUAGGGUUAAUCCACCAAGUCCCCGUACAGACAAUCUGCAUCCCAGGGUCCGCGGAGCUCUAGAUUUGAAGCCAACAAAGAAGAUGCAAGCUGCGGCCGCGCCAAAAGCUGGCAUUCAGAGCAAGGGUCCAGUUGGAGGUACGAUACCGGAUGUGGAUGAGUUGGCGGCGAGAUUUGCCGCAUUGAAGAAAUAAGUAAGGUCAUAGAUUAAUGCAAUGGCGGUCGAAUCGGGAGUUGUGGGGCAUAUUAAAGCAGGUAUAGGGUUUUAUUUUCAUUUGGCGUCAAUCUAUACCACUAUUCGGAUGCUGUGUGAUUUAUCCAGGGUCACGAUUAUGACCACUGCAGGGCAGUAUUCAAUCAUAGAAAUCUUCAUCCAUUGACA